AUCCUGGCGCUGGCGCGGGAGCAGGGCAAGCGGGUGAAGGUGGUCGGGGGCGGCCACUCCCCCUCGGACAUCGCCUGCACCGACGGCUUCAUGAUCCACCUGGGCCACCUCAACCGCGUGCUGCAGGUGGACAAGGAGAAGCUGCAGGUGAAGGUGGAGGCCGGGAUUCUGCUCUCGGAGCUCAACCUGGAGCUGGACAAACACGGCCUGGCCCUGGAGAAUCUGGGCGCGGUUGCCGAGGUCACGGCCGCCGGGGUCAUCGGCACCGGCACCCACAACACCGGCAUCCAGCUCGGCAUCCUCGCCACCCAGGUGGUGGCGCUGACUUUGCUGCUGGCCUCGGGGGAGGUUCUGGAAUGUUCCGAGUCCCUGAACCCGGAAGUGUUCGGGGCGGCCCGGCUGCACCUGGGGGCGCUGGGGAUCGUCCUGGACGUCACCUUCCAGUGCGUGCGCCAGUUCCGGCUCCGGGAAAUCGCUUUUCCCUCCACCCUCACACAGGUGCUGGAUGAGCUGGACGAGCACCUGCGGAAUUCCCGAUAUUUCCGCUUCCUGUGGUUCCCGCACACCGACAACGUCCGGGUCAUCUACCAGGAUCCCACUGAGCAGGCUCCCCGCUCGUCCUCCAGUUGGUUUUGGGAUUACGCCGUGGGAUUUCACCUCCUGCAGCUCCUGCUCUGGAUCAGCUCGUUCUUCCCCGCCCUGGUGCCCUGGAUCAACCGCGCGUUUUUCCGGCUCCUGUUCAGCUCCCGCCAGGAGAGCGUCGGGCGCAGCCACCGCGUCCUCACCUACGAGUGCCGCUUCCGGCAGCACGUCCAGGACUGGGCCGUCCCCGUGAGCCGGACGCGGGCGGCGCUGCUGGAGCUGCGGGCGGCGCUGGAGGCGGAUCCCGGCAUCCGGGCCCAUUUCCCGGUGGAGAUCCGGUUCUGCCGGCGCGACCGGAUCCCGCUGAGCCCCUGCUUCCAACGGGACAGCUGCUACAUCAACGUCAUCAUGUACAGGCCGUACGGGCGGGCGGUGCCCCUGGCUCGCUAUUGGCUGCUCUACGAGCGAAUCAUGCGCAAGCACGGGGGGAGGCCCCACUGGGCAAAGGCCCCGCCCCCUCGGGUCCGGAUAAAUCCCGGGCGGAGCCUCCGGGCGGGCCCGAGCGGGACCGGAGCCAGCGGAGCCACCGAGAGCAGGUAA